AUGAGAUCCAUUGGACGCGUUCAUCAUCUCUGGAUCGCACGACACGGAAUCAAGUCCUCCCUGGCAGGUGCCAAAGCUAUAGCUUCAGCUGCAGCUCCUUCUACAGCUACGGCCACAGCCAUAUCCACGGCAUCGCCUGCUGGCCAAGACCAUCACUAUCCGACCAUCUCGGCGCCGCUGCUGCUCACAUCGUCGCCGAUUGCACGCCGACCCCGUCGCUCGCUGUCUCCGAUCCCCCCCCGACACUCGACUUCCGCCUACAGCAUGUCUGCGGCCGGCGCGUGGGGUGCUUGGCAGGCGAAGCCGUCAGGCUUUACGCAGCUCGUCGUGAAGGCUAUGAAGCAGCUGCAAGUGUUCCCGUCAUUCGGCCGUGCGCCGGGAGCUGCCCAAGCAUGGCUCAAAUACCCCGAGGAGCUCGCUGAUCGCUCAUGGGACAACGUUGGGCUUCUUGUCGAUAACACUGAAGCGGAGGGCACGAAGCCCAAGGUGCUGGUGACCAACGAUCUCACCUACCAGGUAGCCGUCGAUGCCAUCCGCCAGGGCGUCAGUGUCAUCGUGAGCUACCAUCCCUUCAUCUUCUCGGGCCUGAAGUCCAUCACACACAAAGACGCGCAGCAAGCAACGCUCCUGCGCCUCGCCGCCGCCGGCAUUGCCGUCUAUUGCCCUCACACGGCUGUCGAUGCGGCGCCCAAAGGCCUCAACUCCUGGCUUGCCGAUGUCGUUUCCGGACCGCAUCAGAGCGCCCGGUCGGUCGCCAUUCCCUGCUCGGCCGCUUCCGACCCCCCCGCAGGCUAUGGCGCCGUCGGCCACUUUGACGCACCCGUGCCGCUGACCGAAAUCAUUAAGCGGCUCGCGGAGAAGCUUGGAGGCCUACGGCACGUCAUGGUCGCCAGCCCCGUUGGCGCCGACGUGCAGACGACGGCAGUCCGCAGCUUUGCCGUCUGCGCCGGCAGCGGCUACGACGUACUCAAGGGGGCCGACGUCGACCUGCUCGUCACGGGCGAGACGAGCCACCACUCGGCGCUGAGGGCCAUCCAGCAGGGCCGGACGCUCGUCCAAGUCUUCCACAGCAACUCGGAGAGGGGCUUCCUGAACGAGGUCCUGCGGCCGACGCUCGAGGCCGAGCUCAGGAUGGUCGAACCCGAGGCCGAGGUUGUGCUGAGCGAGUACGAUCAGGAUCCGUUCAAGAUUCUGGAUGUGACGGAGCUGGCGUAG